AUGGAGGUGCUUUCAGCGCUCGUGCGAAAGGCGAAAGAUAUUGGAGACUUCCGGAGUUUUAAGGUAGGUGCGAAUGAAGAGGUUGACUUACUCCAAUUUGCGGAUGACACUAUUAUGAUCUCGGAGGGUGAUACGGCAAAUUUAUGGAGUAUGAAAGCCAUUCUUAGAGGUUUUGAGUUAAUGUCGGGUUUGAGUAUUAAUUUCCUUAAGAGUAACAUUUAUGGAAUUAAUGUGGGUGAUUGGUUCCUUGAGGCGGCUUCUAGUUUUCUCUCGUGUAAGGUGGGAAGUAUUCCGUUUAAAUACCUAGGAGUCAGAGUGGGCGGUAACCCUAGAAGUAUUUCUUUGUGGAAGGAUUUAAUCGGUGUCAUUAGGAAAAGAUUAGCCGUUUGGAGAGGUAAGAAUCUUUCUCUAGCGGGCCGUGUGGUCUUGAUCAAUGCCGUGAUUAAUGCUAUUCCUAUUUACUACUUAUCUUUCUUCAAAGCUCCGUCUAAGGUGAUCAAUGAGAUUCGUGCGAUUCAAAGUAAUUUCCUUUGGAGUGGUGGUGCCAUGUGA